CAAAAGUCUUUUUAUCCCUCUAAGUCUAAGGGAAUACUUUCCACUGCUUUAUACGAGACUUCAUAUAUCCACUUAAUUUGUGUUCCUCAAAUAUCUACACAAGAUACUGAUUGUGAUUUUGGAAUCUAUUUAUAUAGGCAAGAUCUAAACCUUGGAGAGUACUGAUUAUUUAAGAUAUACACAAUUUCUUCUCAAGAAUGGAUAUUUCAUCAGCUACAUGGUGGUCUGAAAUGGAUCUUAUGAAUAUGAAUGAUCUUAACUACAUUGAUCACUGCCAAAUGAUGACCACAUUUGACGAUUUGCCUUUCAAUAAUAACCCUUUUACCUCUUGCACCUAUGGCAAUGUUCAAGCUUCUCAGGCUGCUGAAAUUUUAUUAGAGGGAGAGCCAGCUUUUUGCAAUUCCACAAACACUGAUUACCAAAAUACCUCUUUUUCUUCUCCUUCUACCUCUCCUCCGCCGUCGUCUUCACCCAAUGUCAUUUCUUUCUCUAACACAAGUUCGCCAUCAACCACUACUUCUUCUGCCCAAAACUACUUUGAAAAAUUGAAGACCUCCGUGAAGUCUGAGGUCCCAUCAGGAACUACCAUAAACUUCUCCUCUUCAAAUGUUUCUCUGGACUCCAAUUUUGACGAUAGUCAGCAACUAUUCCAGGCCAUGGGAUUUGGGGCUGAUGAUAAUACUCGGAAGAAGAGCUAUAGUAGGACACCUGUACAGGCACAAGACCACGUUCUGGCUGAAAGAAAACGAAGAGAAAGGCUCACACAGUACUUUAUAACUUUGUCUACCCUCAUCCCAGAACUAAAGAAGUUGGACAAGGCAUCAAUACUGAGAGACGCGAUUAAAUACAUAAAACAGCUGGAAGAACAAGUAAAAACCCUCGAGGUACAAGCCAAUAAAUAUAGCGAGGAACCGGCAGUUGCAGUUAAGAGACCCCGAUUGUUCUCAAGUUAUGACAAUUCUUCAAUUACUUCUAAUGAAAACUCCAAUGGUAGAACCAACAAAUCAGUCCCAGAUAUUGAAGUUAGAGCUGCAGAUGGAAACGUUUUGAUUAGGAUUUGUUGCAUAAAGCAAGCAAGAAUAAUAAAGGAAAUAUUCAGCGAAAUAGAAAAGUUUCAUCUCACUAUUACUAGUAGUAGCGUCAUCCCUUUUGGCUAUAAUACGACUCACAUGACCAUUGUUGCUCAGAUGGAUCAUCAGCUGAACAUGUCAACGGAAUAUAUCGCGAAUAAAAUACGUUUGUCUAUAAUGAAGCUUAUCAGUAGCCAUGAAGAAUCCAAUUCUCUAGUUGCAUAGAGAAUUUCAAGAUUUUCAGAAGCUAAUUUUCGGCUAUUUCAGUGAUAGUGUUAAUUUAGAAUGUAAAGGUGGGUCUCAUUGACUUCGUUUUUGGGUAAAAGGUUUUCAUUAUUGUGGACUGGGGCUAUUUUUUUUUUUUCGGAUCACAAGUUGGGACCCGUUUUACAAUAGCCCCACUUGCUACAAAUGAGGCUGGCUCACUCUUUUUUGACAAGUCAUGGAGUUCCACUAAGUGGUCCUAUUCUUGUUCUCCUUUGGGGGACUGCUAGCUACAGGCCAUGCACGUUUAGUUUUCUUUUCUCUCGUUUUGUUUUUGGGCUUUAAGUAACUAAUUUUUGGCCUUUGUUGUAUACUACUCGACCAUAGUUUUUGUGUUUACUUGUAUUGAUGGCUUGAUGGUGCAAUAAAUACAUGUUUAUUGGA